GCUGAGGCCUCAGGGCUUUCGCACUAAUUAUUUUAGGUGUGUUUUGAAAUCGUUACCUCCGUGACUGGAAUUCUCUCCUGUCUAAAUAUACUUAUUAUAUUUUUAUUAAUUAUAUUUUGUUAUUAUUAUUAUUAUUAUUUUAUUUCUUAUGUUAUAUCAAAAAUGAAUAGAUUUAUCAUAUUGCCUUUGUAAUAUAUUAGCCUAAGGUUUUUUAAAAGGUGUUCAUGUUUAUGAAAGGAGAGUGGCCCUAGAAUGGGAAUUCAGUUUCCCCCUGCUGCUAUCACGCCACCUUUUCCUGUACCUUUUUACUAUUUUUAUUGUAUGGAUGGUAAAGUAUUAUUAAACUCAAACUUAAAUGGUCAAGCCUCAUUUUCACGAAAGUGGUAACCUUUCUCAUUAAUGUUGAUCAAGGUUGAGAAACAUAAUAUUCAGCUCUCAUGUAGAAGUUUCAGCGAAUUCAUAGCACUCUUAGUUGGCAUCUUCGUUAUCUUUUAACCUGAGGCGAUCCUUCAUCUUUUAGAAAUGAUAUAGAGAAAGAUAUUUAAUCAAAGAACAGUCUUUUUGUUGAAUCAGUUUUUUUUAUUUCAGCGCUAAUCGUUUCUUCGAUUAAAACCACAUAUUAUGACAAUCAAAAGUAUGUUUAAAAGGCCGUUUCUGCCCAGUUUUGAAGUCGGUUUGAAGGCAGCACUAUUUUUCUGCGUAUUGCACUUAUUGAACCAAGAUGUAUCCCAUCGCUUUGAUGUGCUGAUCGCCAUUAUCUCCCCCGUGUUGAGCUUCGUUACCACACGUGUUGGAAUCAUCAUUGUACCCUCCAGUGCCAAACCCGAUUCUGGAGUUACAAGAGCUACAGACAUUUUGAUUGUUGGCAACGAUACCAAUUCUUGCUUUAGAGCCGUUGCCAUCGGUGCAUAGUACGUUGAAUCCUUCCUUGUUACAGUAGGGCUGCAAAGAGGCCCGAGAGCCAAUAAGCUUCUUCCACGUGUUACGGCCCAGUGAAGUAGCUCGGUAUUUGCCAUCUGCUAUCAGUGAAUACAGGGAUCUGGCUUGAUGGUUGAUGACAACAGACUUGAACUGCUGACCUAUCUUCAUUCCAAGACAGAUCUUGUUAAACGGUGUGUUCCAAUAAGUCGGUAACUUGGUCUCGUGAGUGUCCAACCCAGUCUUCCCUCCUGGAAGAUUGAAGUCCACUUUGUUGCUCCAUAGUUUAGAAUUGUAGUGAAAUGUUUUCUGGAAAAAAAAUCAGUUAACUCAUUCAUAAAGAGUACUAUCACUUUGCUGUUUUAUCUGUUUGAGAAAUAUGAUACAGUCGCCUUGGUGUUCACUGUUCAUGUUGCGAAGUCCUCACAUAUUAUUCUCUUCAUACUUUGUCUGUUACUACUGACAAUGAAUUGAGCUAAAACUUUUCAAACCUGCACGUAAUACAUUCCCUUUCUUUCAUUUGACGUGGACUCGUGACUUACAUUGUAAGUUUACCUUUAUAUUGGAAACAAAGUGAUGACAAACGUGGCAACUUGUGACAAUUUAAAUUUUAAUACCUUUGAGCCAUCGAUCUUCAUGACCAGCGUCCAUCCACCUCCUCCGCAUGUAUCCAGCCCAUGCUUGGUCAUGUGACAGUAUACGGGAAUCUUUGCAGAUCCAACAUCAAGCAAAUACGCUUUAUUUUCACUGGACCUGUUAAAACAUACCACUUUACUGAUUACUCCCAGUUUGUUUCUCUUAAAGUUAGGACACCAUGGAAAUUUAGAAUUCUCGUAAAAGAAAUCUUUCUUAUCAGAUAAGCGAUGUUUGGUCGAAAUUGAGUAAUCUUAUAAAAUAUCGUGGAGCGUUGUUAUUACUGACUUUGUCGAUAAGGAGAAUUCUUUUUUACCGCCAUAUAUAUGAAAACUGCUCAGUCCUCUUAAGUUAGUGAUUCAUAAACUAUCCUUAGUUUGAGCAUUUCGUAAAUUGUCUGAGUUUUCUUUUUCAAUUUUUUUUUCAAUUAUUUUUUUCUUAAUAUCGGUAUUUUAGUUCAUUUGUAACCAUUAAUGCAUCAAUUUUCACUUUUAUUUUCUAAAAUACUGAAGAAAUUAAAUUUACAAGCAAUUCUCUCUGUUUUUCGUGUGUAAACUUAAACACUUGUCUCUUAAAUAUGUACCCUAAAUUUCAAGAUUUAGUGUUGAGGGCUUUUAGCGCUGCAAUGUUCGCUUACAUCAUGACUUAUUUCGUUUUCAACUUAGUGGCCGGUUGAAAUGAAGGAACAUUACUGAAAUCCAAAUAGUAAUUUUCCAUAGUAUUGAAGCAUUCUCCAUAUUUCCUCUACCUUAGCUAGCUACAAAAAUUUACGUACUCAGUUUACUCUGUAACCAGUUCGUUUUUCUGUACUGAAAUAGUUUUUGUUAUCACUGGGUUUAGACCUUGUGCUGUUGAGUCAAAAACAAAUGUGCAUUCUUGGUCCUUUAGUUCUUGAGCUUAUCUUAAACACUUUUAAAUGUUUCACCUGGUAUUCGUUUUUGGAUUUUUUAACAUUCAAUUUAAACGCUUACGGAGUUUCUUUUUGCGUUAAUUUGUUGACAAGUUGGAAACUGUGUUUACGAUUGGAGUUAACUUACAUGUAAUAAAAAUGAAAACAAUGAGAGUAUCCUUUGUCUCAUAUACUUACAAGUUCUUGGUAUAGAUUUCCUUGCACGUUGAGGCUGUCGGAACGAAAGUAAAAGGAUAUAAAGCGUGUUAUUUGUAAAAAGAAGACUUUCCACACCAUUUUGUAAGAAACACUUUGAGAUAUGAGAUAUUUUUCAUGGUUUGUAAUUAGGUUAAUCACUCCUGAAGUAUUGAACUAUUUAAUAAUAAAUUCAUCACAAAACUCUGCUCAAAGAGUUUCUUACCAGUCACAGGAGAAGGCUGUAGCAUUUCAAUUAUCUUAUCUAGUUUCUUGUCGAUUUUCUUGAUUGCUUGGUUUGUUUCAGAGUUUUGUCCGUUGUACUGGUUGCAGACAAAUGAUUUGCCAUCGGUACUUUUCGUUCCAUUCGUUGCGUUUGCCGUGAGCAACAGAGAAAAAGCUAAAAUGAACCAAAAUCUCAUCUUUCGGUUAAUGUUUGCUGUAUUGAAGCGUUUUUUAUCGAGCAAACUACAAUAUUCUGUAAUCUUCCCUGAACCGGAAUACUUGUACUCCACAAUGCUGAGUCUCUUUUUUUAGCUUAGUCUUGACUCGUAUUAAAGACAAGAAAAUUUUCCAGUUGAAAUAUUAACUAAUUAAUUGCUGGUUCAUCAUAUCCGGUUAAACACGGCGAUGAAAUCUAAACAAUAAGCGCUAGCAGUUUGAACGCUAAAUUUGUAGUCAUAUUCAUUAAAAGCUCUUAAAUUCGUUGGGAGUAACUUAUAAGAGUAGACGAAAAUUGUGCUUGAAGGCACGCACCGUGCUUCUGUAUAAAUUUUGUUUGUAGCAGACGGCUGUUUAUAGCCGUGCCUCAGUUUCUUUACGUAUAAAGACAAAGCGGAAAAUUCAUAGAAUGUAAAUGACUUAAAGCAUUGGAAAUACGGAAGUUAAGGGUCUCGACCGUUUACAGCUGAAGUCGUGAAUUAUUUUCAAAUUUUUCCUUUUUUUAGACAAGUUUUUUUUAAACUUCGUUAUGUUUUUUGUUGUAAAUGAGAGUUUCUCCAAUGAAUUUAUCACUUGCUAUUUAAUCACUACAUGGAUGACUGGCUAAGGAUACAUCAGACAUUUGUGUGCGGGAGCAGAGUAGGGAGGGGAGGGUAAGGAGAAACUCUUCUUUUCCCCCGAACCCCGGUCUCCUUGAGAGCUUGCUCGCGUGACCUCUGGAGCCAGAAUAACCAAGAAAGUGAUCGAUUCAGUGUUGCGUAACUCUCUGUGGGAAUUACUGUUUUUUUUCGUACGUUUUUAAUCGUUUAAAAAAAGCGUAAAUCGAUUUGCAGAGAAAUAUUUUUUUCUGAUAUUAGUUCAUGUGGAGGAAAGAGAUGCGACUAAGUAACCUAUAGAGGUUGUGUUUCUUAUUUAUCCAUUUAGUGUAAUCUUUUUUCUGAUAUUAUUAUAAAUACGCUUCUAUUUUUAUAGUUCUCUGAAGUGCAGUUGUUUUGCUGAUAAUGGCAUCUUACCAUUUUCACAUUACCCAUAAUACACCUCGCUGUACGCCCUCAAAGUUUGCAUAAGGAUUGCCUUCUAUUUCCCUUGGACGUCUGUUAUACCCAGGAAAAACUGAAAACAACGGUUAAUAUGCAAAACUUUGUAGACUGAAGGGUGUUUAAUGGGUAAUAUAAAAAUGGUCAAUGUGAACAGUUUGGACCGCGAGUACCGAUUUAGAUAUUUAAUUUGGCUCUUUUACUCCUAGCUAUGCAAAGAAUAGCUUUCUGAGGCCGGAUAACUAUCACAAUGAAUAUGUGCAAUUCGUGUGUUAUUUGCUGCUGAACUGUGCGGCAUGAUUUUUAGUUAAUUUUUGCCACUGUUGCUUUUUGCGAUUGUGACUGAGCUUAAUCUCGCGCUAAGCUUAACAAUGUGGUUAUUGCCAGUGUAGAGAUCCAAGUCCCCAUAAACAGAUGCUGCUGGUUAUUCGCCUCAUGUCCAACGAGUUUAACAUUACAGGGAUUUAGAGUUUACGACAAACGGCAAACAGAUUCAAAUUGAGAAAUUCUCAAAAUUCCUUGAAACAAUUCUUAAGGAUAAACUGGCGUGAAUUUUCUGUUUUUUUUUUUUUUAAGUUACAAUGAACAGUAAGCGAAAAGUAUAGGAAAACAUUGGUCCCUUGGUGCAAAUUUAUGUUUUUCUUUUUGCAACGUGUUUCGACCAGUUCACGUUUUUAGAACCGGUCAUUGUAAAGGGUAUUCAGGAAUAUGAGCAUGAAAGUCAUGUAUAUAAUUUUUUGUGGGUAUAUUUUGUUGAGGAGCGCAAAACUGCUAGGCAUACCACUGCUUAGGGAAGCUAAUGGUGUUUCCCUGACGAUAGUGUGAUUGAAAAGGAGAAAGUAUAGUGGCGUCACUCAGUUGCGUUUGAGAACAAUGAAAUAAUUCAAACAAAAACUAGACCCUGAGCGAUCGUACUUCUUUCCUCAGAGACACGCUUGGCGAGAGAAAAAGUGAAAUUAUUCAAAUCAUGUUAAAAAGCAGGAGAAAUUGGGGCAGAGCUUGGGCAGAGAGAGUCCUUUUUCCUCUUGGCACGGGCUUCUGCCCUCUUUUCUCACGACUUCGCCGCUCACCCCUGCUCUCGAUCUUUUGUGACUCAAAAAGAAGGUGAAGAGACUGUUCUCAGUCUAGCAAAAAUGUACGUGCGCGAGUUUUUGUGACCAGAGACGAUACUUGUUUACUCUAAGUGAUACAGAGACUGAAGCAUAAUAAAGAAAGAAACUUUCUGGCCUUUUCAAUUGAGAUUUUAUUUCAUCUCAUUCUUACAAAUCCCUUAUCCUAGAUUCAAUUUUUAACCGCUUUUUUACUAGAAUAAACAAUUUCUUAGUUGCAUUUAAAGGCCGUUCGUUCUGCGUUCUGCAGAACUUAUUGAACCAAGAUGUAUCCCAUAGCUUUGAUAUGCUGGUCGCCAUUAUCUGGCCCGGCUCCAGCUUCGUUGCCACACGUGUUGGAGUCAUCACCGUACCCUCCAGUGCCGAACCCGAUUCUGGAGUCGCAGCUGUUACAAUCAUUUUGCUCGUUACUAAUGAUACCAAUUCUCGCUUUGCUGUGUGUAGUGCUGGCACCUAUGGCAUUGAAUCCCUCUUUGUUACAGUUGGAUUGUAACGAGGCCCGAGAGCCAAUGAGCGUCUUCCACGUGUUACGGCCCAGUGAAGUAGCUCGGUAUUUGCCAUCUGCGAUCAGUGAAUACAGGGAUUUGGCUUGAUGGUUGAUGACAACAGACUUGAACUGCUGACCGAUCUUCAUUCCAAGACAGACCUUGUUAAACGGUGUGUUCCAAUAAGUCGGUAACUUGGUCUCGUGAGUGUCCAACCCAGUCUUCCCUCCUGGAAGAUUGAAGUCCACUUUGUUGCUCCACAGUUUGGAAUUGUAGUGAAAGGUUCUCUGAUUAAAUUUAAACAAAAAAAAUCAUGUAAGUUAUUCUGAUAGCGUACUAUCGCUUUGCUCUUUUAUAAUUUGACAAAUGUAAUAUCAGCAUAUAUGUCGUGGUCUUCACUGGAUUGAUAAAUCAUCGUGCUAACAGUUAUCAAACCUACAUUUACUAGAUCCACUGUUACCCUCUUUGUUGACCUUAAUAAUAGUCUGAAUUUAACUGACAGACAGACAGAGCUGCUUGUGAGAACAUUGAACUUUUAAUACCUUUGAGCCAUCGAUCUUCAUCACCAGCGUCCAUCCUCCUCCUCCGCAUGCGUCAAGCCCAUGCUUGGUCAUGUGACAAUAUACGGAAAUCUUCGCAGAUCCAACGUUCAGGAGGUACUCUUUGUUUCCUUUAGACCUGGUUAAAAAAAUAAAACUUCAUUGGUUCACCUCAUUCUGAAGUAAUUGCCUCAUCUGGGGUAGAAAGGCUGACUUAGAAAGGGCCCCAAAGAAAUUGAGGAGAAAGUCUUUCAUAUCAAGUGGACAACCUAAGUGGAAAUCUAAGAAUAUCGAGUGACGCUGUAAUUGCUGACUUUGUCGAUAAGCAGAACUCUUCUUUAGCGUUUAUAUUUUUUCCCCUUGUUUAUAUUGUCACCAGUCUUUGGAGUCGCUCCCAAUUAAAUUAUAAAUUACUCAAUCCUAUUAAGUUAGUGAUUCAUAUACUGUCUUUCAUCUUGAGCGUUUUGUUAAUUGCCAGUGCUUUCUUUUUUCCUGAUUUUUUUUCUCACAAACGUAGUGAUCAUUAUUUGAGUUUAUUUUACCAUUUCUGGACCAAUGUUUGCUUUUUGUACUCUACAAUCAUCCUUACUGUUGGCCAAGAUUGGUUCAGUGUUUUUAUGAUUUUCAAAACCCUGAUUUUGUUCACAUAAGUUAGCUUAUAUUAUUUUCAACUUUGUGGUUUCAAAAUGAAAGAGCAUAAAACCAAAAAAGUAUAAUUUUUACAGUUUUGAUGCAUUCUUUACACACUUCCUUUCUUUUCUACGCAGUAAUUUACGGUUAUUUUGCUGAGAAACUUUCGUUUUUGUGUAACCGAUUUUCGUCAUCAUUCAGUGAUAUAGAGUCCAAACAUUUUUGGAUCCUUUGUCCUUUGUGUUUCUGAAUUCUCUUCGUUCUUCUCAAUAGCGCAAAAGUACACGUCAUGUUUUUCUCUUGUCUAUAGGGAGCUUCUGGGUUGUGAGUGGAAGCCGAUUUUGGCGAUAUUUUUUUCUGGCGUAACUCUGUGUUUACUACGAAAAUGAGGUGUAUUGGUGUGUCUUUAGCCUUCUUUACUUACAGGUUCUUGUCAUAAAUCUCCUUGCACGUUGAAGCUGUUGAGAAAAAAAAUUUCUUUGUGUUUGGUGAAGUUGAGUUAUGUUACAUUACAUUUCAUCUUAAAGGUUUUAUUAGUUUAAUCACAUCUGUGUGUUAGAACGGAAUAUAAAAAUUCUUAAAUUACCUGCAUAAGGAGAAGGCUGUAGCAGUUUUAUUAGCUGAUCGAGCUUUUCAUCGAGUUUCUUGAUAGCAUCGCUAGUUACAGCGCCCUGUCCAAUGUACUGAUUGCAUACAACUGGCUCACCAUCCCCUUUUUUUGUUGUCUUAGUCCCAUUCGCCGCGCAUUCCGCGAAAAACACAAGGAAGGCUACAAAAAGCAAAAAUCUCAUUGCGGUAGCCUGACAAAUUGGUGAAGUGCAAUAUUUCUCCAAAGUUUUCUUGAACAGAAUGACUCAUGCUGUAAGAGGAUGUCUAAAUUUAUUGACCUGAGAUUUGGCUUGUAGGGAGACUAGAAAAUUUUCCAGUCGGAUUAUUAAGUAAAUAGUUGCCAUUUGAGACAUUUUUGCCGGAGAAAACUUUUGUGGUGCUAUGUAAAAUACUGAUAAACAUUGUGUGGAAAGAAACGUGUAACGACAUUUACUAGAACUCAGAGUGCGCCAACGGAACUCCGUUAAUCGCGUGUUUUGCUGAUUAUUUCAGCCCUGCUGUUAAAUUUUGCUUUAAAAUAUUAGCUUCAUGAUCAAAGGCGAUUAAUAAAGUUUCGUGAAUAAUUAUAGAGCUUGAAGUUUAUUUCAAGUUGUUCAACGGAAAAAUCGACGACAAAAAGUAGAAACUCUUACAUUGAAACAGCAGGAAUUGUAUUCACUGCGUAAUACUAUGAAGAUAAUUCUGAAAUAAUUAUACUAAAAGGCUAUAAUUAUAGUUGUCUGCGUUUAUUAUUUGCAAACUUUGAGGUGCUACUGUUACUACGGCAGUUGAGACCUCGACUCUCUUUUGUAACUACAACGUCAUUCUUCCUCGACUAAUUUUCUUCCUAAGUUUUCUAGCCUUUGCAAAUGUCUUAGUUACUCUUCAGCAAUCUCUUCCAGGUACCAACCCUGGGUAUGAUAUCUUGUCUUGAAAGAUUCUCGAAUGUCGUGAGACUUAUAAGAGACACUGACAAUGAAGAACUCAAUCGAAAUGACAUUCCAUGAUUCUCUGCGGUGAGACAUGAUACUGUUUAUUUUUAAGGGUAUUUGCAUUUUACUUUUUCACAGUAUAAACUUUGAACGUUUUGAGGCCUUGCCAGCUUAAGGUUGGACGUUUAAUCAAUUUAGUACCGACUGUUGUCUGUUUUAGUACUUGUCAUGUUUUAUUUUUCAAAAAACUUUAACUUUAUUGUACAGUGACUGAGUGGAACCUUCUGAUAACGAAGGACCAAGAGUCUGACAAAAUUUGUCCACCUUAACGCGGUUUCUUUAUAUCAAGGUUUUUUCUUCAUAUAUUUCACUAUUACCAAUAUCGUUCUGGAAGACUAUUUUUUUGUAGCUUUAGCUUGUUUUUCUGUAAUUCUUAUUUACCCAUAUAGUUUAUUUAGUUACUUUACAAUGUUAUAUGUUAUGACUGCUGUAACCUUUCAUCUCCGCCCGCCUCGUCUAGCUUUUGGUAUCUGCGGGCGGAGAUGGCAAAAUGAUAUGUAUGAAAAAAAAGUAUAGUGUGUGUGAGUUCUUCAGUGAGUAAAGAAAAUCGUUCGUUAAGCGAAGGACGUAAUAUAGAGGUUCGACUGCAUAAGUAUUUUAUCAACGUGUCGAAACGCUGUUUGGUCGAUUCCUUCCCCUGUUGUGUGACGAGUCAAUUUUCGACUAAAGCUUUUCUAGCUUAAUGAGUAGUUAUGCUGACAUAAACGCAUGCACUUAGUCGCUUGGUUAAGACAACCAUCCGGCAAACGCGCUUUUGAAAGCUAUCUCUGUUUUCCUCAGACAGAUCAAAACAUUCUUAUAAUCGGAAGUUAUUAUUGUAAAGUUGAACCUAAAUGGCUUGAAGUUGUAUUGUAAAUUAGAAGUUGAUUUUGCGAGUUUAAUAUUCCAAUCAUGAAUAAAUUUGAAAUCAGUUUAAUUGCUUUUUACUAUCAGACACCUUUCAUAAAGACCUUAAGUUUCCUUUUUGUUCUUUGUGUAUUAAAACUUUGUUUGAACCGAAACAAUCGCUUUUUUCUCUUCAAUUUUCGUGAAGAAGAACAGAGGGAACGAACAAAUAAGGCGAACAGCAAGUUCCAUUGCGUUUGCUUUUGAACAUAAUUGUUUUGAUUGCGUUUGAUAUAUUUUAACGUGUUUCGACUAUUUCUUGUUUAUCAAAGGUUGAUUCGAGAUCUAAAUGGUUAAAGUCGAUGUGAGUAUAUAUAUUUGUUGUCGGUAUAUUUUCUUGAGUAGUGCAAAUUGCAUGAUGUUCAGUUUUUAGACGAACCACAAUUCAGUAGACGAUAGUAUAAAUAUAACAACCUACGUUUACCUUGAGAAUGAACACUAUCACGUUGGUUUUUCGAGUGGUGUACAGAGUUGUACGGUCAAUUCCCUCCAAGGAGGACACCUUUGCGACCGGCAACAAGUAUCCGUCUUAGAGUAAUGUUCGUCUUAUAGAAAGUCAAAUAAAAGGAGUAAAGUAAGGCAGAGACCAAGUCUAGCUGUCCGUUCUACUGCAGUGUUUGUCUUAUAGAGGUGUAAUCGACCGUGAAUAUCGUCUGAAAGAGAAGGAGCAAGUGUAAUUUGUCGGUUACAAGUUACCAAAUCCCUGUCUGUCCCUGUAUUUCGUGCGCAUUCAUUUCGUUACAUUUUGUCGUUACGUUCGAUUAAAAACUGUCUCAGAAACUGUCGUCAUCUUGAAAUGGCAGACAUUCGACAGCACUCCCUGUAGCAGAUAUUUCUAAAAGCGCAGCUCUAUUGUAUUAUGGUCAACGGCGGAAACCAAAAGUUUUGAAAACGCUGACUGGGAAACUGCCCACCUACCCCUCCCCUAAGCCAACAUUUUGCCCGAAGUGAGAAGUAAGUGUUUAUUUUGUCUUAGGGGAUGGGAAGGUGGGCAGUUUCCCAGAAACGUAUAAUAAUCAGAAAAUAUGAGCUUAAACUCAAAGCAGUAAUUUGUAUUCAGGUACAUGCUAUUUGUUUUGGAAGGUAAAUAAAGGAGCGAGGUUUGUUUAUGAUUGUUCUUUGAAGACAAUUUUUUGUGAGAAUGGCUCUUAAAAUUUUGAAUUCGACCCGUUUGAUUUUCAAUCUGUUUAGUCUAGAGAGAAUGAGUAGUAGUAGUAUUGUGUGAACAAGAAGGUACUCCACACUUGACAAGACACACGUGGUUUACUUUAUAAAGUAGUAUUUUAACACCCAAUAAUACAGAUAUUAUUCUUUAUUGUGCUUUUAAGAAGUGCUUCGAUCUUAUACAACAACUUCGAUCUUACAACAUAAAGAAGCAAAAUAAAUGACCUUUGAUUCAUAUUUCAGAAUUUUUAUGGACUGAAGACUUGUUUCAGUUCAGCGCCCCCAAUUUUUGAUAGCCUCUUUUAUUUUCUGGAGAUGUCAAAGUUGAUUUGUAUGCUUCUUCAUCUCAUAGUAUGAUUUCGGAUCCCAUUUAACGGAUAGCUUUCUGGCUUGAGUUUUUUGUUCUGAAUCGUUCGUUAACCGUCGCUUUGCCGCCAAGAAGAGUCGAAAGUGUUCAGGGCAAAAAACUUGCUUUUCGCAAGUGUACAACAGCUAGAACCAUGUUAAGGUAGAAAGGAAAUGUAUGAUGUGGACUGAAAACCUUUGCUAUAAACUUGGUCUAAUGACCAGUAUACUUCAAAGCAAUCCUCUCUAGCUUGCAAGUUCUCCAGUGUAUUUUAUUUGUGUCUUUUCUCACAACAGCGACAAUUUUAUACUUUACUACCCCUCCCGUGAGGUAAAUCCUUGUUGGCUCCCACAUUUUAUGAGCCACGUGGCCAGCCGCAACCAGGGUUAUUUCUCGAGGCAAAGGAGAGAACCCUGGGAACGAGGUUGAUCUGAUCGCCUAGCGCCUGUAUUGUGGGCCCUCCAUUCGGCGCCAAUUCUCGCUAUUUGAACGCCUACAACAAGCGAGCAUUCAGCUACAUUAAAAACCAGCGAGUAAAAACCUGGCUUUUAAGAACCUGUCGGGCUAAAAUUUGAGACAUCUUCUUAUUUUCUAAAAUCUAUAAAAAAAAAAUUGCAUGCACUUUGACAAAUAUGAUAAGUCAACCUUCAUUUUUACAUAAAUACUAAUUUGGUAUAGAUUUUAUAUAAGGAAUAAGCUGAAUUCUACCAAAUACUCUCAUCUAUGUAUUGUUUUCUACAGAAAAUUUUGAACCUAUUUUAAAACCUAAAUAGCCUAAAUUUUUUGCUCAUUCUAGUACCAUUUAUGUAAAGCCCCGUGCAAACGUACGCGACAUUGUUGGCCAACAACUGCCAGCAUUGUUGGAUGUCAUAUAUUGCGUCCGUUUGCACACUCUGUUGCAUGUUGUUGAAUGUUGUAGCGCAAAGUUUGGGCCAACAAUGUUGGGAGUUGUUGGGCUAACAAUGUUGGGAGUUGUUGGGCUAACAAUGUUGGGAGUUGUUGUAUCCGUUUGCACGUAGCUUAAGAACCUGUUUAGGCUAACUUGGAAAAAAUGCAGGUGCUUACUCGCAGGUUUUUACUGAAUCUGUUUUUCAGUCAGUGAUUUUUUGAAAGAUAAAUUAAGAAUUUUUGUUUACUUUGGGCACACUUAGGGCUGCGAUUGCUGAUACGUUUGCUUUUGUAUCUUUCAGGCUGUCUAUCAAGAAUUGUGUAAAGAUUUCAAGGUUGAGAUGCCUCAAAGUAAACCGCUAUCACCAGGAGAGAUUCUGGGAUGCACUGCUCCAAAGAUAAAGGACAAAGAUGCAUUUGUGUAAGAUAUGAUGUUAAUACCUGCUGUGUUGACUAUGGAGCGAAAGUUGUUAAAGUUUCAUGACAUCUUCCAUUUGGUUUGCAAUGAAUUGUUUUAUCGAUAGGUAUUGUGUCCGAUUUAGACCAGUUAGUGAAAUUUUAGCUCCAAUAAGCUCUCUUUUAAAAGUACAUUCCAUUUGACCGUGUGCCGUUUCAGUUUAAGAUCUGUUUGGUAACCUUUAAAACAGGGGUUAAUUUAAUAAAGCUUUUACAAGUGUAAUUUACAAGUGCAGCUAUUGUUUUCAGACUCUAACACAAUAGCUACACUUGUAAAUUACACUUGUAUAAAAUUGACCCCUACAAACAAAUCACCCCUGAAAGUGAACGCACCUGUAUGCAGAUUGCAGACAUCGAUAAGAUUUCUAUAAAGAAUUUUACUUCAAAUGUUAAUUUUUGCAUUUAAUUCCUGUAGUUAUCUUGGAGACGGGAGGUUUCAUUUAGAAGCUGUGAUGAUUGCAAACCCAUCCGUGCCAGCCUACAGGUUGAUAAUACAAACAGUGGACACAAGUAGAGACAAAGUCCCACCAUGCAUCAAAUCCUUUACAGUAGCCCAUCGGAUUAGUUGGCUAAAAUGACAAAAGUUUCCUCCUGGCUAGUUUUAGAACGAUUUUCGUAUGACCUUGAAAAAUGGUGUUCGUUAUUUGCUUUACCAGCCAAUGGAUGAUAAGAUCAAAACACGGACUCUUCAUUUUCCCGCCAAAAAACCCUAAUAGGGAGAAGGUAUUGUUCGAUUGUCCAAUCGUGUUGCGGUAUGACGUCAACGAGAAGUAUAUAUUGAUUUCUAGAAAAUUCUCGGGCAUUCAUUUUAGGGUCAUACGAAAAUCGCUUUACCUCUCACUGGCAGUUGAAAAUGAGAAUCCCCAGUGGGUUUCUCAGGAUACUGGAUUUGCCUUAUUUGAAGACUGGGAUUCGGGAUUUUAAAGCAAAAUAGGGCGAGAUUCUGGAAUGAAAGUGUGCAAGGGAUGUGGGAUGCGGAGAAUAACCAUCAGGAUUACGGGAUUCAGCGGAAAUUUGGGUUGGGAUGACGGGAUUAAUCGGAAAUUUGGGUCGAGAUUACGGGAUUGACCGGAAAUUUGGGUGAAGAUGACGGGACUGAAUAAGCCUAUUCGAGACCUUUGAUAAUGUGGGUGGAGACAUCUUAGUCAAUAGUCCUUUCGGGCAUUGCGCUGAAGAGGUGUAUGGACAAUUUUACACAAUAUACAAGGCGAAGCCUCGUUUCGACUUACUGCUGUUUUCCGGUUCACCUGCGUGAAAGGUCUAUUACACAACAUACAAAUUCCAGACAGCAAUCGCUCUGUCAUGAAAGAUAUUGGUUUUCUUGAUCGUUUGUCGGACCUUAGUCGGAUCAAAACCCGCCAACCAUGAGUGAGGUUCGUGAUACACCAAUCACUAGCAACCGUGGUGGUACUAAUAGUCCCACUCGCUAUUCGCCUGAUGAAGACCUGCAGUACGCUGUCAAAACGUCUUGAUCAAUACCUAAGUGACUAUCGUGCUUUAAAAGAUAAACAAAGCGUGUUAAACAAUUGUUCUGUGAGAACAUUAUUUAAUUUUUUGGAUUGGAGGAGGCGUACUGACUAGUGGGAGUGCUAAUUUAAAGGGGCUUUAAUUCGGGCAUUUAAGGUAUUAAAUGAGCUAAAUUAAACCGAUAACAAAUUUAAACUACAAUCCCUUUCAUUCAUUUUUCGUUUAAUUAUUUACUUAUUUAUCCACUUAUUCAUAUUUCCCUCUAUUUCAGAUACGAUCCCUACAGUAAAAUAUUUUCCCGUGAAUAUUAUGAUAUCGAUGCUAUGUUCAAAGCAAGGAGAGACGCGAUAAAUGCUGCGUCCAAAACCAGGAAAUUUGGCCUCAUUCUCAGCACCUUAGGAAGGCAAGGGAGUCCCAAGGUCUUGGAGGUAACUAGAGAAAUUGUAAUAGUUUAGUACAAUCUCUGAAGAACAAGUCAAAUACCGUAAAGUCCUUUUUUAUAUCACCACGUCUCAGAAUGAAAUGAUAGUAGCGUUUACUACGAUUAUUUUUCUGUUACGAUCCCCGGGGUACUCCUCUAUAAUUUUUUUUUUAUGUAGGUAUGUGCCACUGUCGAGCAGGGUGUUUAUUAAACAUCGGGGAUCGGAGAAUUCUCCGUUUACUAGGCUUAAUUCUCCGGCUAACGUUUGGUAUAGUAUAUGACUUAUUUUUAUUCAGAUGUCGAGCCUUUUUCAAAAUAUUCUACUGUAAUGUUACACCUUUCUCCUGCUACUAGAAUUCUUAACAAAACCCCUGCUCGAAGGUAUGGGUUUUGAAGUCGUUUUUUUAGUCGUUUUGGUCCAAAAAUGAUGGGUAUAUGUUUUGCCCAUUAUGGUCUGAAAUCAUGAAUCGUUUUCAAGGAAACCACGAGAGCCUUUAAACGUGUUUGUCUUUUAAGCUCCAAAAGAAUAAGAGAGAUCCGUGUCAAAUACUUUUAAGUGACAAAAAUAUUUCAUUUGAAUAAGAGAAACCAGUUGUUAAACUGUAGUAACUUUAACCUCCUUACUAAUCGUCCUCGGCUAGUUCGAAUGUGUCGUCGCCUUGUCGUCGCCCGUCAAGCAUGGCGGGAGUAUCGCCCUAAGUUCCAAGCCUCCUGUGCUCACUCGGACAGCGCGAAUUGGCCUUCUGAAUUUUUGUUGUGGUUAGUAACUAAAGAAGAUAAAUGUUAUUUGCUUUUACUUACUUAAAUUUACAGAAUUUGGAGCAAAUGUUUAAGAAGGCUGGACUCGAAUAUGUGGUGGUUUUGAUGUCUGAAAUUUUCCCAGACAAACUGCGAUUGUUUGAAGAUGUUGAUGCGUAAGUUGAAAAUCCUUGUUCUUUUGACCUUUAACUGAACAUAUUCUUGAAGACUACAAGAAAAAUGGUCUAAUUUAUGUGAUUCUUGUCCUUAUAUUUUAGGUUCAAUUUACAUGGAAGGGUAACCGUCAUGUAAGGAUGGGUGAAAAGUUAGCUCUCCUUUUCGUAAAGAGGGUUAGCCAGAGGGCCAUCUUGCCCCUAAAAUAUUUUAAGACGGAAUCCAUCAGGAAAUUAAGUAAUGUUAAUUUUCAGUGGACAAAGACCUUGUACCAGAAUAAUUUAAACAAUACUGCAUAAUUUUUUACAUUUUUUAACGGCUAUAGCACCAAAGAAAAUUUCGUAUGAGAACCCGAGAAAAUAAAUGUCAAAUUUCACAAAUUGACAUCUUACACAUAACCAUUGUUGUCACAAUUCUUGUGAAAUCUGGCCUUCAAUUUCCUGGUGGAUCCCGUGUUAAUUUGAAUUUGACUGAUCCGUGAUCAAUCUACACAAGCUAAACUUCCAAUCCUAGGAUGAUGACCCUACCUCUCAUAUUUAGCCUCCUAAAAGGGAGAACACCCUAGCAAACAGAUAGGAUAACCCCUUCCCCUUUAGGGCAGCUUACCUUUCAUGUAAGCGAGUUUUUGAAACAGUAGGAGAGGGUCAGAGCCUUCAACAUCAACGGAGUCUUAAACUUGAACAGUUUGGAAACAACCAGAAAUGAAAUGAAAUUGGCUUCUUUACCCAUGAUUCAUUUUAUUUAUUCACUUUCAUUUAUUCUCAGCCCUCCGUUUGCUGGUAUGUUUAUUGAAUGGAAGCACUAAAUAUGUAUGUGUCAGAGCGGAGGGCGAGGGGGUGGGGCAAGAGCUCGGCCAUACUCUUCCCCUCCCCUGUAGGGCUUGUUUUGCUCUACUUUUCUCAAGUUUCCACAGAGGAAAUAGAGAGCCUAUGGACAGUCUAGAAACGGAAUAAGCGUUAAAAUCUUUCAGGAGACGUGACAUGCAAUAAAAUGUACUAAACAAUAGCAGACGAAGGACACACUUUAUUGGAUGCAAAGUUCUGUCGUUGUGUUUUAUUCUCACAAACACGUGUCAUUUUUCAGGUGGGUCCAAGUUGCCUGUCCAAGAUUAUCGAUUGACUGGGGAUAUGCGUUUCCUAAACCUCUUCUUUCUCCUUACGAGGUACGUAACCUGCUCUUUUAUCCCCCCAAAAAUUAAGUUAUGAAGGACUUCCUGCUGUCAAAUACUUGCCAUAUAUAGUAUUGUUAAGGGAGAUCACCCGCCCCGUUCCCGUUCCCUCGCUCUCUCUCCUACUUGUCUACUCGUCCCUGCUCGGCAGGGAAGAGCAGGAGAGACCCUGGGAACGAGGAUGGAUGGUCACGUGGUAAUUAUGAUGUCAACGUAUGUUCGAGUUAGCCUGCGUAGCAAGCAUUUCCGUUUGGUUUCGGAGCAAAGAAAGAGCGAGGAACGGGAUUUUCGGUUUUGGCCGAGCGAGAAAUGAAACGAGAGCCAAAAAAUGAAAGAGGGGGGAGGUUUCCUUCCUCUCCUCCCCACCCUCUCCCCGCUUACUCGCUCCGCAUUAAAGCACACGAUCCGGCCAGCCUGCAAUAAAGCCGCUUCUCAGUGCUGCCUUUCGCUGAAACGUUUCGUGGUCGUACUAGCGGGUUUUGCCACAUUUUUCACUUCAAAUUACGUAUCAAAAUGUUUCAACGGUUUCGAUCGCCGCCGAAAAAUUCAUUUGUAUGUAGACGAAAGGAAAACUGGACAAGAACACUGAGAAGAUUCGCUCUGACGAGGAGCCAACGCCCGAAACGUGAGCUUUUCAAUCUGUUUAUGGUGGUAAAUUGUAUGAAUCAGUCCAUGGAGUUGAUAAAACUUCUUAUUUGCCACUUUACAAACGAGAAGAGGACUGGAGCCGAAAUGUAUCCCGCAAUUGUUUCUGGGAUCGUUACCGGUGAGGCACCGGUCAAUUGUCCCUAGUAACAGUCCCAGAAGUCUUUGCGGACGUUAACUCGGCCCAGUCUCCUUCUAAAGUGGCAAAUUUUCACUUUGAUUUCACAGGCGUCAGUUGUAUUGCAACAGAUUGAAUGGCAAAAGGAUUACCCAAUGGACUUUUACGCGAAUGCAAGUCUUGGAUCGUGGACUGUGAAUAACGAAGUCAACAGACAAGCUACUGUUAGUAGGAGAAGGAAACAUUUACAAACUGAAAAACUGACUUCUGAAGAAAAAGGAGCAAACGUUGAGAGCAAGGACGACUGCGGUGGAGAACACGGCGAUUGUUGUGGUAAAUGUCAUCAAGAAAAUUCACAGAAGUUAAACAAAACGGAGAAAAUACAUCAGUAGUAAUUGUAACCAGUGGAAUUUUUGUUGAAAAACGCUAGCGGUGCUUGGCUAAAAAGCGAUUUCAAUUCAGUGUUGCAGUGCAAAACAAAUUUGCAGUGAGUAAUCUAGCCAGUUGUUGCAAUAGGUGAUUGAGGAUAAUGAAGGCCUGGAACUCGUGUUAAUCUCUUUUUUCCGUGCCUCUACCGUCUCGCGCCUUCAUUCAUGCGUGUGGUCAUUUUUGGAGUGUCUCGCGCGUUUCGCUCGACGGACUACAAAGAGAGAGACUGCUCGUAGCUGGGAACAAGGCGUUAGUAGUAAUGCACAGCCGUGUAAAACUGGCUCGUAUCGCUCUUACCCCUCAGAAGCGCAGUCGGAAAAAUAUCGACUGUCUUUCAAAUCCUUGAGUUCUGUCAAAAGAUUAAUUGAAAAAUUUCUUUCCAUGUAUAGACGAUUCAUAGUAACACGCUUUUGUACUGUUACAAUUUCUGGAUUGAAUUGCUUAAGAGCGUGAUGAGAGAGAAGACGCAGUUGAGACUCUUAUUUUAAUACCCACCCCAUGGGCUCUAAUGCCACAUCCCCAUUGGCCCAUUUCCCCUUCAGCCUUCGUAGAGAAAACGACUAAAAAUAAAGACGGCCACACGGUGAGCGAACCUAAUAUUGUUUUGAAGGCGUUUUACCGACUGCGCUGUACUAUUUCCUCAGUUUGUAUUGUCCGAUGGCAGAUGUGUUUCCCAGACGCUUUUCACACCGCCGAGAAAAAAGGUUUGGGGGGAGGGGGUGAAAAAAAGAACGCCCCAUCUCCACCCCUUUUGCCAUGCC